AUGUUAACAAAUUUGACAUCUAAUUCUAUUCGGCCUAUUUCAGCUUCUUCAACAAGUCAAAACCUUAUAACUCUCAAUACGCUGAAUCCUUAUUCAGAUUUAAAUGAUGAUUGUGAAAAUGAAAUGGAUUCUUUUAACAAUGUGAAUGAAAUGGAUUUCUUCGAUGAUGAAAAUGAAAUGAAUUUCGAUGUUAUACAGAUAAAUCAACUUGAAAAAAACAACAUAAAUAUAGCAAAAUCGUCAUCAGUAAAAAAUAUCACACUAUCUCAAGAAUUUAUUGAGCAUGACAGUAAUUCUAAUCAAAAUGAAGAUAAUGAUUCUGAACAAAGUGAACAUGAUAUUAAUCAAGAUAUCGAUGAAAAAUUUGAUAUUGAUAAGGAAACUGAUGAAGAUUGUGAUAGAAUUAUGCUGUCUUCAUCACUAUUAAGUAUUGAUAAUUCGGAUAUCUUCCCAGAAUCGUCAUAUAAUCCACGAUCAUUUAUGAUUACCAAGACCGGAAUUAUGACACUCUUUGUUUUUUUUAGUCAAGUUUUAGCAUUUUUAGAUGCAGUUAGAUUUCAAAAUUUUCCAAGUAGUCAGCAUUACGUUGAAAAAAUGAUUGCACAGCCUGAAUCGAUUAUCAAAUAUAUUGUGUGCUUACAUUGUCAUUCUCUUUACUUACCUACAGAUUUGCCUUUAAAGACUUCAGAGCAUACCAAAUGUCUUACAUGUGAAAAAGUUUUAACAAAAGCUAUUAGAAGAUCAUUCGAAGACGACGUAUUAGGUGAUAUUUAUGAUAAAAAAAAUUGGAAAGAAUUUUUAGAUGAGGAAGGACAUCUAUUCUUUGUAGGAGAUAAUGCUGAUAUUAGAAUUGGAUUGGCACUUAAUGUUGAUUGGUAUACUCCAUAUAGUCAUGUCAAAUGA